GAGUUGGUUUCAUCUGUCACUCCAUUUACUAUCUAUAUAUUUUACAUAUUUUUUACAAAAAAAAAAUAUAUAUAUAUAUAUAUAUAUACUCACUAGUUUUGUUGAAAAUCACAGUAAUUAUUGUUGCAAUAAGUGAAUUAAAACAAUACAGCCUAUAAAUCAUUUUCAUAAUCGAACACAUUGUGUUUUAUUUAUCUUUUAAAUUAAAUGUCAUCGAUUAUAGUAUCGUGGAUUUAAUAACUAGUGACUGUUGUUUAUUGUGAGACUACGUGCGGGAUAUUGCACGAUACAAUUAUUAUAAUAAUAAUAAUAAUGUCACUGGUCCUUAUGAUAGUGAUUGAUAAAUUAAGAGGAUUUAUUUAUUUUGGUUUUUGUAGUGAUAACUGUGAGCAACAACUUUGUGUUAUUUAAAUCUUAUCAGUCAUAGUGAGUGGUUAUGUAAUAAGAGUAUUAACAACAACAUAAGCAACAACAACAACAACAACAACAAUAACAAUAGUGAUUGUAUUUGAUCUUAGUAGAUCUUAAUCGUGGUGAUAGUGGUGGUAGUCGUUGUUGUUGACGUUGAAACUAGCGUAGGGAAAUACACGUUGAGAGAUAGAUCAAGUGUGCAACGGGGAUUGUGUUGCUCGUCUCGUAGUGCUAUUAUCCGCGUCCGGAUCGCUGAGUCAGUCGGAUAUCGGAGUUGCCCAGACCCCUGAGAUGGUGGUAGCCGUGGUAGCCGUACAAGUAGUGCUAGUUCUUUGAGUAGUUGAGUAAUGCUUCCAACACGAGGGUCGACUUACCCUCGAUCGUUUAAAGAGAAAAAUAUAUAUAUAUAAAUAUACCCCGGGCCAUUUUUUUUCUUUAUACUUUUAUUCUCUCACUCGUAAAAUUAUUUUUUGAUAUAUAUAUAUAUAUAAUUUAUGUGAAUUUACAAUUGGGAUAUAUGAUCGAACGGCAACAGAAAUAACACGAGAGUGAUAAUUAAAAAAAUGAUAAUACGAGGGUAUACAAGUUACUCGUGAGACGUGGAGACGUGGAGACGAGCUGAUUGUUUAUUGAAACCACCAACAUACACGAUAUGUCGUCUGUAAAUAAUGGAUUGGGUAGUGCAUCCGCGAUGGAUAUAGCGACAAGCAUUGCAGCUCCAAAAGGAGUCUGCCGAUCACAAAGAAUACAAAGAUGGACAAGGAGAUCUUGGUUAGUUAUUACAGUAUGCUGUUGGAUGGCAAUUGUAAGAUGUGCUGUUGCGACAAACUCGUCAGCAGGUCCAUCGACGUUAAGGCCAGCAACGACUGAGAUAGUUUAUCAGAGAUUUGCAAUUGAGCCACAGGAUCAGACAGCUGUUAUCGGCAGUCGGGUUACACUUCCAUGUCGAGUACUUGAUCAAAAAGGCCCCAUUCAAUGGACCAAAGAUGACUUUGGCCUUGGUGCUGUAAGAAAUCUCACUGGAUACGAACGUUACGCUAUGAUUGGUAGUGAUGAAGAAGGUGAUUUUUCACUACACAUAUUCCCGGUGGAAUUAGAGGAUGAUGGAAAAUAUCAGUGUCAAGUGUCACCUACAGAUGACGGUCAGCCAGGUCUCAGAUCAAGGUUUGCUCGAUUGAGUGUUCUUGUACCACCGCAAAAGCCGAAAAUCCUUCAGGGUGACUUUCUAGUUACUACCGAGGAUCGAGAGCUUACCAUGGAGUGCAUUAGUGUCGGUGGAAAGCCAGCAGCGGAUAUUACGUGGAUCGAUGGUCUUGGCAAUGUAUUACAUAAUGGAAUUGAAACAAUCACUGAGAAAUAUGAAGAUGGGCCACUUUUUACAGUGCGGUCUAUUUUAAAAGUAAUGCCACGUAAAGAACACGAUAAUACAACGUUCACUUGUCAAAGUCAAAAUGCUGCGGAUCGUACACCACAAAAUGCUAAAUUACGUGUUGAGGUACGCUAUGCUCCAAAAGUAUCGUUGAAAAUCAGUUCAGGUUUGUCCAAGAGCGGGCAAAUAAUCGAAGGUUCCGAAUUAAGAUUCAAAUGCCGUGCUGAAGCUAAUCCACCAGACAUGGAGUAUAGGUGGUAUAUAAACGAGAAAACGGUAAUCGGUGACUAUACGACAGAGAUGAUAAUCCAUAACGCCACACGGGAACUCCACGAUGCUAUCGUAAAAUGUGAAGUUCACAACGAGGUCGGCAAGAGCGAGGAAACGGAAACACUGGAUAUAACUUAUGGACCACAAUUCCGACGUCCACCAAUAUCUGUUGAAACGCAUUACGGUGCAACAGAGAUACUGCAAUGCGACGUGGACGGUAAUCCGACUCCUGAAAUUCUAUGGAUUCACGAAGAAUCAGAUCGUACUGUAGCGACAAGUCCAAACAUAAGCGUUGUCGUGAGUCCUGAAACAGCUGGACGUUAUUACUGUAAAGCCCAUGUACCUGGUUUUCCUCAACUUAUUGGCUAUGCCAACAUCUUGAUUCGUGCACCACCGAGCAUCGUAUCACAAAGAAUCCAAUAUGUACCCGACGAAGGAGUAGUGAAGGUUAAAUGCACCGCAAUAUCAGUGCCAAAAGCUGAGUCUGUUGUAUGGAGUUUUGCUGGUCGUGAGCUUAAUUUCUCCUUCAACAAUACACCCUUCUACGUACAAGAAGAGUACACACCAGAAAGAGUUGUCAGCACUGUUACACUUUUAGAGCCCAUAUCUACAUAUUUCGGAGAUUACAAUUGUACUGUUACAAAUAGCUAUGGCACAGAUACUGUCAUCAUUAAACUCACUACGCGUGCGUUGAUUCCAGUUGAUUGGCAACUUAUCCUGAUAAUCGUUGGACUGGUCGUCUGCAUUAUUCUCAUUGGCGUCAUCGUUAUUUUGAUACUACACUGUCGAGAUCGUAUAAAACAACCACGCCCGAGAUCUACUCAAGCUCAAGAGAAUGAUUUGCAAGAAACAGACUCAAAUCCAGAUCGUUACCGUGAAAGUGAUCGAAGCAGUAAUCUGUCGGACGUUAAAGCAGAUAUACGUGCUGGAUCUAGCGUGAGCAACGCCGAGAGCGUGACUGCUCUCGACAGUGAAGGUGAAGGAAGUACUAGGGGUGUAAAUGCUUUAGCUCUUGCUGGCCCAGUACCCAACCCAAUGGGUUAUCGAUACAGCGCCGACUACACGGAACCCUCGUUUCCACCUAAGAACAACGAUGGUAGUAAUAAUAAUGGUUACGUACCAUAUGUGGAUUAUUCACGAGACUAUAUGCCGCCCAACACCCAAGGAAUGGGUGCGUCACGUGAAUCCCUCAGUCGUAUACCCUCAAGUGGUAUAUUAACGUCGAAGAAAAUAGGUCUGAGUUCAGCCAACUUGGGCACUAAUACGACACAGACAACCCCAAUAAUUGAUCCACGAUUCUCAGCUACAUACGGGAAUCCUUAUCUAAGAAUGUCAGCGGCCGAGCAGCUCAGACACGCGCCUCAUACCGCAAUACCAGGGGUCACACCGGCUCCGCCACCUUACACUCAAGCUAUGCGAAUGAAUAGUUUGAAUACGUUGAAUGGUGCCGGGCCACAGGCACCAUUAUCAGCGCAUUAUAUAACGGGUGGUCCCAAUGGUGGAAUAGCCACAGUAAAACGUACAUCAGGAAUUGGUACGCUGGCAACGCAUGUAUGAGAUAAGGACUUUAACUAGAAAUUAGUGCGGUUUAGUAACGAUAAUCAUAUUACAACAAUAACUAAUGAGUGUAUUGCGUUUGAUCUUGUUCCCAGUACAAGUGAAUAUUAAUAUAUAAUAAUAUGACUAUUGUGUUGACUUGUUCCUUGACGUGAUUGCCGUUGUCAUCGUCAGAGUUAAGUGCUACAAAGAGUAGACAAUGGUUUUGAUCUUAUUCAACAACAAGUGAAUAAAUCUGUGCCUUCAUCACCAUCAUCAUCAUCAUCACAUAUAUAUAUUUAUAUGGAAUUAACACUCAAUAUCAGCACAGACAUAAAUCGUAAAUCCCAGCACAUACGCACUAAUACAUUUAAUCAAAUGUCAUGUGUUGUAUAACAUUUAAGUGUCUACGUUAAUUACCAUAAAAUAUCUCUGACUUAUUACACAUAUAUAUGUACAUUUGUCAAACAAAUAGUUGGCAUAGUCUACUUGGGAUAUAUACAUAUAUAUGACCAGUGAAAAUCAUCGUAAGCUCAUUCAACAACGAUUUCCCGAUAUAUUAUUCGUCUAAUUAAUCAUCAAGGAAUUCAUUAAGUUUAUUUAAUUAACGAUGAUAUGCAAAUGUCAAUCGAUAAUAUCUAUAUGUAUUAUUAUACCUAGUGAAUAUUAUUAAACUAUAAAUUUUCCGGGCAAUCGAACUAUCAAAUAUUAACAACGUUUAAUCUCUACAUUAAAAGGGAUAUUUACUUAAUAACUUUGAUACUACAAACAAACACUCAAGACUUUGUAAUUCAUGGAGAUAUUUACCAACGAUUACGCGAGCAUUAUUAUUAUUAUCAUUCACUAUCAUCAUACAAGAUUAUUGAUAAAUUUUAGAUGAUGAUAAUAAUAAUAAUAAUAACAGAAAUUAUAAUUAAUUUCUUGUACUAAAUAAAACAAGAGCUUCUGAAUGAUCUAAGUUAAUUAAAAAAAAAAGAAAAUUAUUAAAUCAAACGCAAUUGAAAUGUGCAAUAGAAUAUUCUCUUUAGAUAUAUAUAUUAUAUAUCUAUAUAUAUAUAUAUGUAUAAUUAGACACGAUAUUGACAAUCUUUGACUUAUUGUCAUAAAUUUCCAAUAAGCAUUUCAUCAAAAACUUUAUUUAAUUUUUUUUUUUUCAUUAACUCGAAAUAUACGUCAAUUAUUGCCCAAAUCAUCUGAAAUAAUUUUUGUCUAGAUUCAUAAAUAUUUUCUUUUAUUAAUUAGAUUGAUUUAUUAUCAGAAUUUGGGCAGAAUUUAUUUAUUAAUCUCACGGCAGUUUCCAUUGGCCUGAUAGAUAAAAAAAAUGUUUUCUUUUUUAACUAACCGGGCUUUUGCGUUAGUGGGAAUAAUACAGAAUAAAUAAAUAAAUAAAAAAAGUUGCUAUUAUUUUUUUUUUUCAAAUAGCCGUGUUGUCUAUAAAAAAUAUGUAGUUAAGUAAUUUAAAUAAUUAAAUACCUGUUGUCAAUAUAAGUAUAGAGCCUAUAGUUUGAUGGCACUAAAAUAAUUUUAUUAAAAUAAGCAUGUUCGUGUCGAACGGCUUUGUGUAAAUAAAUGUAUGUAUACACAUAUAUAAAUAUAUAUUAGAUAAUAAUUUAAUAAAUAAUAUAGAGAAAAUAAAAAAUUUUAAAUUGCCUAUUAAAUUUGGCAGAAUUAUAUUAUAUUGAA